GGGGGCGGUGAUGGAGGGAUAGAAGGGGAAAAACUAACUCGCAUCACCCCUGGCUUCCCGCCGUCUCUCCAUCGCCGCGGCGUGGAAUCCACUGGUGGAUCCUCGGUAAAUCAGUCGUGCGUGAUAGAUAGCAAAUUGGGAGGAAUCUGGGCAAACUUUUUGCUAUUGCUGUCUCACGGAUUCUUGACUGGCUGCCCUGUUGCUGCCGCCUUCUCUGCAGCUGGUUUUGACGAUCCCGUGUGCAUGGGAUGUGGACUUGCUGGCCUAUCUCCCACUUACCUGCUCGCGUCGCGUGAGGUUUUCGGGGUGUGAGAUGUAGGCUCGCCUCGAGAGAGAUAGAUUGGGGAGGUUUUUUCUUGCGGUGUGGCGGGUGCGUUUCUGAUCGAAUUUUUGGGAGGUUUGUGCCUCUUGGUUAAAUCUGUGAUGGUCGUUGGAGGAUGUGUGGGACUAGAUUGCGUGAUGUUGAGUUGUGGCGAGGCGAAUGUGGUCGUGGUCGAGUUUAUUAGCUACGAGGGGUUGGGGUGAGAAUCGCAACCACCGGAGAUCGUAGCCAUUGUCUGUGCAGGAUCUAUAGUUUUUAUUUAAGCGCGAACUCAUGGGAAUACGCGUGUUGUAAGUCGGUUGGUUUAUUCGAUCCUGUUCUCAUGGAAGUAAAAUCGACUGGCAAUAGGAUGCCCUUCGAACAUGCUGUUGGUUUUGAACGUAGCAUUUCUUUGUGGUGGAAUUCGUAAUUUGAGAUAAAAGCGGGGGGCGACUUUGAUUUUGUUCUACACGUGCAUGCAUUCGGAUAUUGUCUCUUUUUAUGAUAGGUCUGGACCCUCGUGAGGGUUUUGUGAAUCCGGACGGGAGAGCCUUGGAACCUGGUGUUGCGAUCGCGAAGUUGGGGCAAGGAUGGGACUGCGCUUGCGACCAAAGCUAUGUGUUGCAUCAUGAUGCAUAGAAGAUGUGGGAAACAGUUUUUAUUCGCUUCAAGCGGCUCUUGCGAUUGAGUCAGUUGACAUGAUUGGAAACUUGGAUCAUUCGUAGUACAUUCCAACACUUGUGAUUACGCCCGGUCAUCCACUACAUGACUUGCAUGGUCCAUGUCAUGAUCACGGAAAACGAUUAAUCGGUCCCUUACUCGUACGAUUAUGGUGAGCUCCUCUGGUUAAUCAGAAGGGAGUCGGGAUGACGAUGAAUAUUUCCACCACAGAGGGUGAAAAUAGGCGCCAAUCUGAGGCCGAUGAACUGGAAUUCAAGCCCGGUCCUGUUCCGCCUUUGCGCCCUGUUGACAGAUAUGGUUUCGUGAAGUCGUCACCAACAUCUCCUGCAUCUGCUCCCACCAAGGGUCGGUCCCAGAGCGAGCGGGAAAGGGAGGAACGGCGGUUGCGCAAAUGGCGCAAGAUGAUUGGAGUUGGGGGCACAGACUGGAAGCACUACGUGAGAAGGAAACCACAGGUUGUCAAACGACGAGUGCGCAAGGGCAUCCCCGAUUGUCUGAGAGGUCUUGUCUGGCAGCUGAUUUCCGGCAGUCGGGAUUUGCUGCUCAUGAAUCAAGGGGUUUACGAGCAAUUGGUGCUUUAUGAAACUUCUGCUGCAGAACUGGAUAUAAUAAGAGACAUCUCGAGAACUUUCCCAUCGCAUGUUUUCUUCCAGCAAAGACAUGGGCCGGGUCAACGGGCUCUGUACAAUGUCCUCAAGGCAUACUCAGUUUAUGACCGAGAUGUUGGCUAUGUGCAGGGGAUGGGAUUCUUAGCAGGCUUGUUGUUGCUUUACAUGAGUGAGGAAGAUGCCUUUUGGCUAUUAGUUGCUCUACUGAAAGGUGCUGUCCACGCACCUAUGGAAGGCCUUUACCUGGUUGGUCUGCCGUUGGUUCAGCAGUACCUCUUUCAAUUUGAGAGGUUGGUCAAAGAGCUUGUGCCAAAGGUAGGAGCGCAUUUUGAAAAAGAGAUGAUUAAUCCGAGCAUGUACGCUAGUCAAUGGUUCAUCACAGUCUUUUCUUACUCCUUCCCCUUCUCGCUGGCCUUGCGGAUUUGGGAUGUAUUCCUGUUCGAGGGAGUGAAGAUUGUCUUUAGACUUGGGCUUGCUCUCCUGCGUUAUUGCCAGGAUGAUCUGAUCAAGUUGCCUUUUGAGAAGCUAGUGCAUGCGCUUCGCAAUUUCCCUGAAGAGGCUUUGCUGCCAGAUGUUCUCUUGCCAUUAGCCUACAAUAUUAAGGUCUCCAAGAGACUGGAGGAUCUCCGUCAAGAGUAUGAACGGAUGAAGGAAACUCAAUCAAACCCAGUGAAAACCACCCACAAGUAGUGCAUUUGUUAAGGUUGCAACACUGAUAGCUAAGACUGAUUUCAAGUGCAGUCCUUCUUGGCUUGAUGUAUUCAAUUUUACACUUGGCAGCAAGCCCAACGGGUUGCAAGAUCAUCAUGGUACCUACAGAGCCUUUGAAGGUGUGUCAAUCCAUGUUGAUUGAACUCGAGUGUCGUAGGUAAAUGAGAUCUUAUCGUGUCGCAUGACUUGACUAAGUACCUUCAUUGGUGAAACCGCGCUGAUAUUGCGUGGUCGCACUCCUUGGAUUGUCAGGGCUAAUGCACAAUCCUGCGUGUUACUAGUGCUGUCUGAGGGAGCUAGGCUAGAACUGAAACUUAAGGUCUCUCUGUUCUGGCUUCAAUUCGAUUCUUUACCUGAUGGAUUUAGCAAACCUUUCAAACCUGUACACUCCAACCUUUCAUAUUUUUACGUCAUGGGUAUGCCCCAAGCUCAAAAUUAUACUGUA